CCGCCUCCCCCAUUCCUCUCCUCCCUCCUCGCCGCCGCCAGAGGCAUCCGCCGGGCAAGCCCGGGGCGUGGCCAAGAAAGGUGGCGGCGGGGCCUCCGCUGCUCCGUAUCUCCAGCGGAGGGCGUCAGGAUCCGGGGCGGCGGCCUCGUUCGGUGAGGCGUCACCGUCUCCUUGGCUGGUGGUGGCACGGGUGUGGCCCGGUGGGCUUGGCUGCGCGGGCAGCAAGCUUUCCGGCGGACGAGAUCCGCGGCGCCGGCGGUGGGGCUUCUGGCCUCUUGCGGCUCCAGAUCUGGCCGCCCCUUUCCCCUUCUGCUAUCCUGCGUGCUCCACCACUUCAGAUCUGGACUGGGUCGAUAGGGUUCUCCGGCGCCUGGAGCUGGAUGCGGUGUUGGUGGUGUGGAGCCUUGACCGGGAGAAAUCCAUGGUGGCGGCGUCCAUGGACGCCAUUCCCCUUCUUGGAGGCACCAUUCAGUGUGUAAUCUUUGUCAAGCAAGUGACAUCGUGGAGGCCAUGGACGUCAAGUACCCCAGCGGCUCUGUCAAGAAGGUGAGGCAGGCAGCUGUGGCGCCGGCGGUGCAAGAGGCGAAGUACAACGAGUGCGGCAGGAACCACGCACUGGCUAGCGGUGGGCAUGUCGUGGACGGCUGUGGGGAGUGGAUGCCCUUGGGGGACCUCAACCCCGCCGACGCAUCGUCGUACAAGUGCGCAGCCUGCGGCUGCCACCGCAGCUUCCACCGCAAGGUGAUGACGGAGAGGUCGCCGAUGUUGGCGCCCAUGGUGGAGACAGUGCUCCACGGCCUGCCGCAGCGCAGGAAGGAGGAGACGCCGGAGGACUGGCUCCCGGGUGUCGACUCUGACACCAACUCAGAUGGCAUGAAGUACGACUCGGAUGCCACAGAGUACGACUCAGAAGGCACGGAGUACGAUGACGAGCGCUCCGUGCCCCAACCACUGCAACCUCCACCUGUGUACCAUCCAGCACAGGUGAGGCAACAGCUCUCUUCUGGGCAACAUAACUUCCUGCCGAGGGCACUGCAGAUCCAGAGGCUUGCCGCCCAGCUCUCACCGGCGACGGCGCCACCGCCUCAUGGGGUUAUGUUGGAGAGGAAGCGGUCCCGCACCACCACCGACCAGAAGUUGCGGAUGGAGGAGCUGUCGGAGCACCUGGGGUGGCGCCUGCAGAAGCGCGACAAGGACUUCAUCGAAGCAAGAUGCCAUGACAUAGGCGUCAGCAAGAAAGUCUUCAGGAACUGGAUGAACAACAAGAAGCGCAAGUACCCCAGCGGCCACAACCCCUCCGCUGCAGCAUCAUCUGUUGUCGAACCAUCCCGUCUCCGUCUUCCCCCACCACCAUCACACCACCAGUGUUAGAAUAAAUCUUGUAUGUGUCUAGUUUUCUCUGCCAUGGCAACAUUCGGCUGUCAUGGAAGCUUUUAUCUGUUCUGCUACCAUGGAAGCAUUUAUCAUUUCUGCUACCAUGGGAUGUUUUUCGGCUGCCAUGAAAAGCAUUUUUUAUGUUAGCGUUUU